CGCGGGCGGCGGGGCGGCCCUCGGGCCAUGCGUUCGGCUCGGCCCAACCCGGCCGGCCGGGGGCGGCGCCCCGAGCCCGGGCCCCGCGCGGCCCGUGCCCCCGGCUCCCGCUGAGCUCCGGGGGCCCCACUGUGGCCGAGGCCAUGUUCCCCGUGUUCCCUUGCACGCUGCUGGCCCCCCCCUUCCCCGUGCUGGGCCUGGACUCCCGGGGGGUGGGCGGCCUCAUGAACUCCUUCCCGCCACCUCAGGGUCACGCCCAGAACCCCCUGCAGGUCGGGGCUGAGCUCCAGUCCCGCUUCUUUGCCUCCCAGGGCUGCGCCCAGAGUCCGUUCCAGGCCGCGCCGGCGCCCCCGCCCACGCCCCAGGCCCCGGCGGCCGAGCCCCUCCAAGUGGACUUGCUCCCGGUCCUCGCCGCCGCGCAGGAAUCCGCCGCGGCGGCUGCGGCCGCGGCCGCGGCGGCCGCCGCCGUGGUGACUGCGCCCCCGGCCCCCGCCGCCGCCUCCACUGUGGACACAGCGGCCCUGAAGCAGCCUCCGGCGCCUCCUCCGCCACCCCCUGCCGUCUCCGCGCCGGCCGCCGAGGCCGCGCCCCCCGCCGCGGCCGCCACCAUCGCCGCGGCCGCGGCCACCGCUGUCGUCGCCCCGACCUCGACGGUCGCCGUGGCCCCGGUUGCAUCCGUCUUGGAGAAGAAAACAAAGAGCAAGGGGCCCUACAUUUGCGCCCUGUGCGCCAAGGAGUUCAAGAACGGCUACAACCUCCGGAGGCACGAAGCCAUCCACACAGGAGCCAAGGCUGGCCGGGUCCCUUCGGGUGCUAUGAAGAUGCCCACCAUGGUGCCCCUCAGCCUCUUGAGCGUGCCCCAGCUGAGCGGGGCCAGCGGGGGAGGGGGAGAAGCCGGGGCUGGCGGCGGCUCGGCCGCCGUGGCGCCCGGUGGCGUGGUGACCACGACUGCCUCUGGAAAGCGCAUCCGGAAGAAUCACGCCUGCGAGAUGUGCGGCAAGGCCUUCCGCGACGUCUACCACCUGAACCGGCACAAGCUGUCGCACUCGGACGAGAAGCCCUACCAGUGCCCUGUGUGCCAGCAGCGCUUCAAGCGCAAGGACCGCAUGAGCUACCACGUGCGCUCGCAUGACGGCGCUGUGCACAAGCCCUACAACUGCUCCCACUGUGGCAAGAGCUUCUCCCGGCCGGAUCACCUCAACAGUCACGUCAGACAAGUGCACUCAACAGAGCGGCCCUUCAAAUGUGAGAAAUGUGAGGCAGCUUUUGCUACGAAGGAUCGACUCCGAGCGCACACAGUCCGACACGAGGAGAAGGUGCCAUGUCAUGUGUGUGGCAAGAUGCUGAGCUCGGCUUAUAUUUCGGACCACAUGAAGGUGCACAGCCAGGGCCCUCACCAUGUCUGUGAGCUCUGCAACAAAGGUACUGGUGAAGUUUGUCCAAUGGCGGCGGCGGCGGCGGCAGCAGCAGCAGCAGCAGCGGCGGCGGCAGUGGUGGCAGCCCCCCCCACAGCUGUGGGCUCCCUUUCUGGGGCAGAGGGGGUACCAGUGAGCUCCCAGCCACUUCCCUCCCAGCCCUGGUGAGCUCCAAGUUGAUGGGGGAGAGGGGAGCAUGGAGGAAAGCUCUUCUCGGUACAGUCUCCUCCUUCCCACCAACUCCUCACUACUCACUACUCCAUCAACCAAGGAACCUCCAGACAGAGGAGGAAGAAGGAAUCCACUAGGUUUUAACAAUGGUUCUCCUGCUCCUUUCUUGUCCCUAUCAGAGCUGACCCUACAGACACCUGUCCCCUGAGUUGUGUUGAAGUCCCCUGGACAGUGAGCAGGGGUGGCGGAGGACAGCAGCAGCCACUGCCCUCAACCUUUAACCCCUUGCCUUUCCUUCCAGGGAUCCGUAAGCCUUUCCCGAGAAGGUCCUGUGCUCUCCUCCAGUCCCCCUCCCCUACUGUCUGCUGCUCCUUCCUGGGGAGUUGGUGCUUUCUUUUUGUUGUUGUUGUUUUUUUCCCAGGGGGAGGGAGGAGAGAGAGGAGGGGAGUUCGGAUUCUGUCCCAGAGGAGGGAUAGGCGGACUUGAGGGACAGGAUCGGGAAGGCAGAAAGGGACACUCAGUAAGGAAGGGUGGUCACAGCCUGCACAUCCUGCUGGCGUGUCUGUCCAGGGAAAGCCAAGGGGAGCAUCCGAAGGAGCCACUAGGGCCAGAAGCAGAACGACAGAGACGGAAUCUUAGGGUCCAGGGUAAAGGAGGGGAGCCAGGGACAAGAGGUGCUUCCUGGGGGUGGGGAAAUGCAGCCACAGUGUCUCCCUUCCCUCUUCACCCCAGCUCCAGCCCUGGUCUUUUCCUCUUUCCCACAACAGAAGCUGUGGGCCCUGGCCAUGUCAUCGUGUUCCUGUGUCCCUUGCAUGUUCCCCUCCCCUCCCCUCCCUCCUUUUGCGCAGACCCCAUUACAAUAAAUUUUAAAUAAAAAUUUGUCUCUGGUUUCCUAA